UUGAUCGAGUCGGCGGAAGGGUUUCGGAGAUCUAGAUGACCGAUUAUAUGGAAUUGUUAUCACAUUUUGAUCAGAGAUACUUAGGCUGUUUGGAGGUUUAACAGUCCCCAUCCUUAAUUAUGGUGGUGUGGAACCGUUUCUUCAAGAUCUAGUGAAACGUGAAAAAGGGUAUCACGGGAGCAAGGAGAAAAGUUUGGACCGGAAUAUUUAAGGAAUCGUAAUCUGUGGACUCGGUAUCCUUUCGCGAAGGGUUCCAUGUGAAGUUGAGACAAAAUGGAACCAGUUUCCAUAGAAGAAGAGGGCGCUUCGCAUUCACGGGAUGCAACAAAAUACAGUGUCUGUGCGGCUAUCACGACAGCAGUCAUUCUGAUCCUCUCUGCGAUAGGUGCCGCCCUCUGCGGUGGCAUAGUAUACAUUCCGCUUAAGAUGUUGUAUCCGCCCAGUGCUUAUCAGAUCAUUGCUUUCAUUGAAAGUGGGAUUCUGGCUUAUAUGAUUUCCUGCGUCUUAUGCAUCUGUGUCAGCCUGGCAGGACUUGGAAGGUACUGCUAUGACAUUUUUGUGUUCUCACAGCUUGGACUCUUUGGAGAUUGCGGUGGAGGGUGUUUGUUCGUCACCGUACCUAUUUGCGUGCUAGCCGUCAUUAGUCUGAUCGGAUUCGUCACAUCGCUUGUUGGGUCGAUCUACUGUUGCAAAGGGGUGUGCACCCCGUCAGAUAAAAAGACGUCAUCAAAUAUGACGGGCAUGGACCAAGUUCGAAUUCCGCGGCCUCAUACGUCAUAGCAACUUCGUUCACCGAUUGUGUAGAUGGCCGGGGGGGGGGGGUCAUAUGACUGCCUCUAUUUCAAAGAUUAUUCGAUGAGUUGUAAAUCAAGUACAUUUUAAUAUCAAGUUUGUUGUGAUAAUACAGAGAAAUUUAGAAAAUAAAAAGUUGAUGAAUACUUGAAUGAAAUGUAUUUAAUAUAGGUUUUCCCGUCCAAUUUCGUCAAAAUUUCAACCGAUUUAAUGAUGUAAUAGUUCAAUUUGCAACUAAUUCGAAUGACCUAUGAGAUCAACAUUUAAAUACCAAAAUACUUUAAUCAUAUUGGCACCCGAUUUCAUGGUUAUUUCAUUUAAACAAUUAUAAAGAUCGAUCAAAUUCAAAUAGCCUAAGAGGUGUUUUCAAAUUCGCAACGGUACCCUCCUUGCGAAGGUUUAGGAAUUCAAAAUCAUUAAUA